AUGGAAGACAUAGAGGAACUGUGUGCCUACGACGAAGAGGGCGAGGGCGAGGGCGAACCCUUCUUCUACGCACUCGCGCGGCAUUGCAGCGAGGUCGCGCGAAGCUGCCGGGUGGUGGCAGAGGAAUACCGCGCCGUUGCCGAACACGGAGGCAAGCGGCGAAAGCGCAAUCGAGAAGCAGAAGAGGGAGGCAGCGCUGACGAUGCCCGCCUAAAGCCGCAUCGACGGAAACGAACCGGUUCAUCUACGAAGCGAACAUCUCUUCCCCCGGGUGUUUGGUCCGUCGAGGACCUGGAAAAGUUUGAGGAAGGAGUCGCCCGGUGGGGUCUCUCCUCGCCCGACGCCAUCAUCGCCUUGCUGCCCUCACGUCCGCCGGACGAUGUCAGGGAGCGCCUGGAGACGCUACGGCGCGUGCGAAGCUGGGACGACGACAGUGAGGAAGAUGCAGGCAGCUUCACCGGAAUGCGGUUUCCGGGUGCCUAA